CACCCCAACAACAGUCGCGAACUUUACUACAUCGUCGUUGAUAUUAUGGUCGCUUCUCACGAUCUCGACAAAGAAGGGCACGCUGCCAUGCACAAAGAGCUUGCCGAAGAGACUGUCCAUGAGGCUGCUGCCCGUGGUACAGCGGCGACGGACCAAUAUGGCAAUUCUCUCAUUCAGUUCGAUGCCAAAGCAGAGGCCAAGCUGCGAACCAAGAUUGACUUCAUGAUCAUCCCAACAGUUAUGUUGUUGUACCUCUUCUGUUUCAUCGAUCGAGCCAACAUCGCUACAGGCAACGCUCGCCUCGCUGGCCUGGAAAAGAGCUUAGGUCUCACUGGAUAUGAUUACAAUGCCAUCCUCUCUGUGUUCUACAUCAGCUACAUCAUCUUCGAAAUCCCUUCAAACAUGUGUUGUAAGCUGAUUGGACCUGGUUGGUUCAUCCCUGCCAUAUCGCUUGCCUUCGGAGUCUGCUCUAUCGCCACAGCUUUUGUACACACCUUCAGUCAGAUGUGCGCUGUCCGAUUUGUAUUGGGUAUUUUCGAGGCUGGUAUGCUUCCUGGUAUCGCCUACUACCUCUCACGCUGGUACAGAAGGUCUGAACUUGCCUUCAGACUAGCUCUCUACGUCGUAGCGGCGCCUCUUGCCGGAGCCUUCGGUGGGCUGCUUGCCUCUGGUAUUCUGAAGCUAGACAACUUCGCCGGACUCACGCACUGGAGAAUGAUCUUCGCUAUCGAAGGAAUCGUCACCGUUGCCAUCUCGGUCGUCGCCUUCUUUACUCUGACCGACAGACCUGCAACCGCUAAAUGGCUGUCUCAGGAAGAGAAGGAUCUUGCUAUUUCUCGUGUCAAGUCUGAGAGAGUGGGAGCAACUGAGGUUUUGGACAAGUUCGACCGCAAAAAGGUCUUCAAGGGCAUCUUCUCUCCUGUCACUCUUGGCACCGCAUUGAUCUUCCUGCUCAACAAUGUCACCGUCCAGGGUCUGGCCUUCUUUGCGCCUACUAUCGUCCGCACGAUCUACCCCCACAACACAGUCAUCAGCCAGCAACUUCACACCGUCCCACCAUAUGUGGUUGGUGGCUUCUUCUGUCUACUGUUCCCAUACAUUAGUUGGAAGGUGGACAGGCGCUUGGUGGUGCUUAUUUGUUCUGCUCCGCUGAUCAUUAUUGGAUACAUCAUGUUCUUGGCUUCCGAGAACCCCUCCGUUCGUUACGGCGCAACUUUCAUCAUCGCAUCUGGCGCAUUCGCCUUCGGCUCCCUCUGUAACGCCCAAGUCAGUGCGAAUGUCGUAUCCGAUACAGCACGUAGUUCCGCUAUCGGUACCAACGUCAUGUUCGGCAACAUUGGUGGUCUGAUCGCCACUUGGUCGUUCUUGCCUUUCGACGGACCCAACUACCACAUUGGUAACGGACUCAACUUGGCUGUUGCAACCACCGGAUUGUGCAUCUGUAUCUUGCUCCUGUUCUGGAUGAAGAGAGACAACAAGAAGAGAGAUGGAAGAGAUGUUGAUCAGGAGUUGGCUGGAACUACUCUUCUUGAACAGCAGGAUAUGGACUGGAAGCACCCUAGUUGGAGAUGGAGACCUUGA